CCUACUUUUACCAAUCACAUUAUCAGAGGACAUUUUUGGAAAUUGAAUACUAAAAUACACUCCCCUUAAAUCUCUUCAAAAUCAAAACAUCCCAUAUUUAAAGGGACGGAAAUGCUUUAGGAUAAUGGAGGGAGUAUAUAUAUAAAGCAUAUAAGUGGACGAUGUGAUCACCAAGCAAAUAAGGGAGAUGGAAAGAUCAAAAAUGGAGAGUGGAGUUGAUGAAAGGGAAGAAGAAGGGAGAGUAGUGGUUCUGGUGCCAUACCCUUUCCAAGGGCACAUGACCCCCAUGCUGCAACUAGGACACGCCCUACACUCGAAGGGCUUCUCCGUCAAAAUUGCCCACACCCAAUUCAACCCCCCCACCCCUUCCCACCACCCUAACUUGUCCUUCCACAACUUAGCAGACGACGGAGAUGAUAUUCCAAUUGAUGAUGUGACCCAAAGACUGAAAUCCAUCUGUGACAUGAAUGAGAAUUGUAGGGUACCCCUUCGGGAGUAUCUGGAGAAACUGGGUGACGACGUCCGUUGCGUCGUCAUCUAUGACAACCUCAUGUACUAUGCUGGCCACGUGGCUUCUCUUCUCCGUCUCCCUUCCGUCGUCAUGCGCCCUUUCAGCGCACUUUUCUCUCUCUUUGUAGUCCAUCUUCUUCAACAUGGAGAUUCUCUUCUUCCUCUUCCUGAGUCAAAGCUUGAGGAUGCAAUUCCUGGGUUAGAUCUCUUGAGGUACAAGGACAUCCCCCCUUACAUGAAUUCUGAAGAAGCCAAAUAUUUCAUGUCCAUUUCAAUGGAUAUAGGAUCUUCGGUGGCCAUAAUAUGGAACACAGUAGAGGGUCUCGAGCAGAAAUGGCUCUCCAGGCUUCAACAGCUCUACAAAGUGCCCAUCUUCCCCACGGGCCCUUUUCACAAGUUUUCCAUUACUCCCACGAACACUAGCUUCUUGGAAGAAGACACAAGCUGUCUCUCGUGGCUGGACAAGCAAGCUCCUCGGUCGGUCCUCUUUGUAAGCGCGUCGGGGAGCAUCGCCGAGGUUGAACAAGGAGACUUUGCGGAGAUUGCCCGGGGGCUCGCCCACAGUGGCCACCCUUUCCUUUGGGCCAUCCGCCCCGGAUCCAUCAAAGGCAUGGAAUGCAAAGAGGGAGAGAUGGAAGACUUGGAGAGGAGAAUGGGAGAGAGGGGAAGGAUAGUGAAAUGGGCGCCACAGAAAGACGUUUUAGCCCAUGGUUCGGUGGGGGGGUUCUGGAGCCACUGCGGUUGGAAUUCGACGAUGGAGGCCCUGGGGGAAGGGGUACCCAUGAUUUGCAGGCCAGUCCUCGCCGACCAAUUCACGAACGCCAGGUUCUUGGUCCAAGAAUUGAGGGUCGGGCUGGAAUUGAAAGAGUUGGAGAGAGGCGUGAUUGCAGAGACUGUUAGAGAGCUUAUGGGGGAAGGGGAUGAGAGGGACAAGCUGAAGAAGAAUGCCAUGGAGAUGAAGCGGAAAUUAGAUGAUUCUUUCAAGAGAGAUGGAUCCUCACACAGAGCUCUGAAUGAACUUGCACACUUCAUUUCUUCGCUCCCUCGUUGUGAACCUCGAAUGUAAUUUCUUUGACGGUGAGCAAGGGAUAAGAUCUGAGUUCGAUUUCUGACAACUACAGUUGGGAGACAACUAUUAAGCAUAUGGUAUGUAACAGGUCUACUACCAAUCUAUUAUUAAAAUCCAAUUUACUUCUUCUCAAUAAUCGUCUGGCCUGGCCGGGUCUUAGAGAUCCUUGGGCUCCAUCCUUUUUUCGAAUGUAAUUUCUUUGUUUUCCUAAUCUUACAUUCAUGUGUUCGUGUGUUUCAUUAUUCAAGUCAUUUGAUUAAUUCCCAAUCACACGGAUCCUUGGGUGUACGUGUCUAUGUGUGCGUGGAAGAAAAAAAUUAAAUAAGAAGAGAUUCU